GGAACUCAGCAUACAUGUUUGGUUUUUGUUGAAGCUUGCACUAUGGAAAUCAAAUCUGAUUGUUGAAAUAAUGGCAUUAUGAUACAUGAUCAGGAGUAGAAUUAUUUUCCCUUGUUAUCUUAUUAUCAAAUUCCAAAAUCAGAUCAAUUAUUAUUUUGUGGUAACUUUUGCAAUCUUCCCUCCCUCUCCCAGAUAUACAAAAUACACAAUAACAUCGCUGGAGAAAACAUACAAGCCCAAGCUUUUUGUUGAGCCAGAUCUUGGGAUACCUCUUGACCUGCUUGACCUCAGUGUAUACAAUCCUCCAAGUGUUAGACCACCCCUUGCUUUGGAAGAUGAGGAAUUAUUGCGGGAUGACGUAGCAGCAACCCCUGUGAAAAAGAAUGGCAUCAAAAGAAAAGAGAGGCCUACAGAUAAAGGGGUUGCAUGGCUGGUUAAAACACAAUAUAUAUCUCCUCUUAGCAUGGACUCUGCGAGACAGUCUUUAACUGAAAAACAAGCAAAGGAACUCCGGGAAAUGAAGGGAGGUCGCAACAUUUUGGACAACCUUAAUGACAGGGAAAGACAAAUCAAGGAAAUUGAGGCAUCAUUUGAGGCCUGCAAGUCACGCCCUGUUCAUGCAACCAAUAAGGAUUUAUACCCUGUUGAGGUUCUACCUCUGUUGCCUGAUUUUGAGCGGUAUGAAGACCAAUUUGUCCUUGCAGCAUUUGAUGGUGCUCCUACCGCUGAUUCAGAAAUCUACAGCAAAUUGGACCAGUCCGGUCAUGACGCUUAUGAAUCAAGAGCCAUUAUGAAAAGUUACAAGGUAACAGGCGCAGAUCCAGCUAAUCCGGAGAAAUUUUUGGCUUACAUGGUCCCUUCGCCAAAUGAGCUAUCAAAAGAUCCUUAUGAUGAAUCUGAAGAUGUUUCUUAUUCUUGGGUUCGCGAGUAUCAUUACGAUGUAAGAGGUGAUGAUGUGCAUGAUCCCACAACAUACCUUGUUUCAUUUGAUGAAGAAGAAGCACGCUAUGCGCCCCUUCCCACAAAGCUUGUCUUAAGGAAAAAGAGGUCCAAAGAGGGAAAAACCAGUGACGAGGUUGAACAUUUUCCCGCACCCUCAAGAGUGACUGUCAGGCAGAGAUCAACUGUUGCUGCAAUUGAACUAAAGGAUUCAGGGGAUUAUUCAAGGGGAUCUGUGUCAAAUUUGAAAACAAGACGCUUUGAUAUUGAAGAUACCCUUGAAAGACCACGAAAAAUUGCACGACACCAAGAUAUUGAUGAAUAUAGUGGUGCUGAAGAUGAUUUAUCUGAUUAAUUUAUCUGUUGAUGUAAAUGGCGCUGACUGUCUUGAAGACUUGCAGACUGGUGGCAACUAAUUUGGGAUUAUUCCCAAACUGCGAUCGGAUGCUGCUUUGACGUAAAGGCAAGUGUGAACUAAUUUGGCCGCUUCUUCUUGGGAUGUCCAUUCGAACCUCAAAUAUCUACCUGUAUCUUUAGCCAGAAAACAUUUUCCCUUAGAUACCAUGUAAAGGGUAAGAUGAAAAAGAAACCUUGUAAAGAAAUUAGACGUGUUAGAAUGUUUUGGCCUUGAGUAAAGUUCUAUCAAGUUUAUCUAGAAAAGAAUUGGGUUUUCCCAGCAGUUCUAUCUUAUGCCUGUUUACUUGGUUAGAUAAUGGUAUUACAAUUAAUAUUGUUUAGCUUCUCCUCUGAUUUUCAGCAAUAAAUUGUGUGCUUAUUAUUC